AUGAAUAUAUUUCAAAUAUGCACUAACUCGUCACUAUCAAAAUCUUGUCAAUGGAUUUUCUCUGCACAAUUAAAUAAUCCGUUACUUGAAGCAAUAAAUAUGAUAUAUCCAAUUAUUGUUGCCUCGUUGUCAAUUGUUUGUAUUUGUAUUAGUUUUAUUGGUCUUUUACUUGGUUCUUGGUAUAUAGAACAAUGUGCAUAUAAUAGUGGUUCAAGACGAUUACUUGCAUUAACUCUGUUUACAACUUUAUGUAGCUUGUUAUUUUCGAUUAUUGUUUGGGCAAUGAUGUUAACAAUAAAUGCACAACAAGAAUUAUUUGAACAUUCUGAUAUUCAUCUCAAAAAUUUUGGCUAUUCACUUUGGAUCAAUUUAGGAUCAUUAAGUGUAUAUUUAUAUGCAUUUCUUAUGUAUCUAGUUGCUAUUUGCAAGAACUGA